UUUUUGUAGUAUAUUGGUCGUCCAAUUGUAAACAAUUUUAUUACGUUGUUUAAAUUAUUUCCCUUGAAGCCAUCAAAAGCUUUACAUAAUUAUUAUGUGUUAAUCCGCACCAAUAUCAAUAUGUUUUAUUUUUAUAUAUUUCACUCCUAAAUUAUUUGCGGGUUCAAUAUGGGGGGACGAGUUACUGGUUUUAUUUUAUUUGUUCUUUUAAAUUAUGUUUCUUGUCAGCGUUAUCAACUUUGCGAGAACAAUACGAAGAUAACUCGUAGUUGUACAACACAGAUAUUGGGUGAAGAUUAUUUUGACGAAAGUAGCUGUAAAGUUGAAUACAUACCACCGAACAGUGCAGACUGUAUUGAUAACUUUGGACCUAUAACAUGGAAUGAUAAAAUCGGAGGAGUCAGUCUCAGGCCGUAUAUCAUACCCGUUGUUCACCAAGAUGAAUUAACUCGUUUCACAACCAAUUAUACUGUUCUAAACAUUACAUUUACAAAUAUAAAAUGGAAAACCAUGAAGUUUCGUUUCCGAAAAUUCAUGAAUGUCGAGAGUCACUGCAGGAAUAUUGUUAUUUCAAACGAUGUAACCAUCAACGACCAGUCGAUGCUUUAUUAUGACUGCUAUUGGUCCCUUACAAACGGAGACUAUAGUGGUCGUAGCCAUAUGCUCGACUUUGAGGCUACCGAUGAUGUUGUUGUGUAUAGAGGUCGAUAUAGUUUCAAUAUACCAACUGCAGAAAUGUUAAGUACAACUAUAAGUGAAGCAGAUUGGAAACCGUUUGUAUACAUAGAAAUAUUAACGACAUCCAUGAAGUUACAUAUAAUGCCUCCUCCGUCUCAACUCAAAAUAGACUCAUAUCAAAUAGAAGUCAUGAUGGAAUGUAACAAAGAAACGACUUGUAAGGAAAUGGUUAAAAGUGCAACAAUUAAAUUAAGGAACAACACAGAUGAUGUCACAUAUGGUCACAGUUUGUUAAUAACGGCUGGAACUUAUUAUUUUGUGGUCACACCAAUACACGAGAAGUGUAAACGGGGUGAGGUUGAAUGUCAGUUUGUGGAGAGUCCAAGGAUUGUUAUCACUAGUGAAGUCCAUCAAAAGAUAAACAUCUGUAUCGCCAGCAUCACAGCUCUGAUUGUAGCAACACUGUUUGCCUACUAUAUUGUACUCCGUGUCAUCCGACGUUAUUGGUGCAAGGAAUAUGGAGAGAGUGAGUCUUUAGAAAUCCCACCACCACCGAAAGUUCUAGUCAUAUAUUCGCCAGCGAAUCGCCUCCACGCACAAUGUGUCGAAUCAUUUAUAGCCUACCUUCGUUCAGAAUACGGCUUUGAUAUAAUGUAUGACGGGGAUAUCAACAAGACAUCUCACAGCGAUCCAGUUAUAUGGGCAGAUGAGGCCAUAACACUUGCUACACAUGUAAUAUAUAUAGUCGGACCUGCUGAAAACACCAAUCUGUACAACAACAUCUAUGAUAAACCAAUAAUAGCACACAAGGAUAUCGAUAAAAUCCUUCUGAAUAACCUAAAAGGUGCAAGAGUUUCCGGAUGCUUGAAAGUUAUCAAUGUUUUCUUUGAACAUUCCAAUGGAAAGGUGCCAUAUGAAACUAAGCACGAUAAACCGUUUUUCUUGCUUAAGGAUUGGCAGAAAUUAAUCGCUUAUUUGUCUAAAAAUAUGCUGCCCAAAAAGCAAAUAAUGCGGUCGGAGAAAGGUUGUUGUUUCUUGGAAGACUUGAAAAAGGCUAAGGAAAUGUUGAACGGUAGAAACGAUGAUGUUGUUAUCAGAUGUGAGAAGAAUUUGAUUGAAAAGAAAGUGCUUUUGUAAUUUACCAAUGCAAAGAGUAUUUGGUGUUUUUCAUUUCGACAGAACAUUAUAGUUUGAUGUUCAAUUUGUUGAAAAUAAUCGUUAAGAGUAUUAGCAGAGCUAAAUGUUCUUCUAAAGAAGUUCAUAAGUAUUUCAGAAGAAUCUGCAUUGUGGAGAUUGAUUUCUCGUUGUAAAAAUUUUAAUUGGUGGAGUUUGUAGUGGUUUUUAUGGAAAAGUUUAUAUAUAUAUACAAGUUGUUGCAAAGGUGUGUGUGUAUGUGCAUAAUAUUGAAAGGAAAACAUAAAUAUGUGAUUCGGACAAUUUGAUGAAAGACAAGUGUUGAAAGGAAUGUUUCUUGUUUUAAAAUUGCACGUAUAAUCUUAUUUACUAUGGUAUCAUCAAUAAAAUGUUAUUUAUUUAUUAUUAAUAGGUUUUAAUUUAAAUAAGUGUUCAAUGUGAAAUAGUGAAAAUGUUAAAAUUAAAUUUUUAGGAUUAUAAUAUUUUUCUAUGUAAUGUCAUUUAAUAUAAAUUACACUGAAUUCUUGAGGAAUAUUUUUGUGGUUAUAUAUAAUCGUUGUUUCUUACCAGUGAUUUAAUGUGAACCACGUCUCCCAAAUUUAUAAAUUAAUUAAUUUUUAAUAUGCUAUUAUAGUGUACAAAAAAAAUGUUGCAAUUUAUACAUUAAGAACCUAUUACAAUCUGUUACUAUAAAGCCAUUUAUAUUAUUACUUGUGAUGAAUUGCAUAAAAAAUAAUGGUGUGGUUUGUUUGUACAUGGCUAACUUAAUAUUUAUAUUUUGAAGGUAUUAUAUGUAAAGUUGUUGUCUUAUUAUAAGUAUUUCGAACAAAAUGUUUGUAGCCUGAUGCGCUUUCUAUAUUUCUUACUAUUUCUACAACUCAAAUGCAAUUUCAUAUCUUUUUAAAGCUUUUGAAAGAUAGUUCAAAGAUGUCAUUCACUCAGUCAUUCACUCAUUCAUCCUAUGGCUUUUCUUCUCACUGUUGAAUGUAAGGGCCUGUUUUAAGUGCAUCAAAUAAAUCUUGUUUGACGUAUAACGGUAUCCAACAGAUAAAAUUAUGAAAUUCUUUAUCACCAACAAACUCGAAUUUAAGUGUUGGAUAAUACUAUUUGCAAUCUGUAAAAUAAAAAGUGGUAGAUGAUUAGUUGAAGUGUUUCACUUCCUGGUCUUUAAGCCUAUCAGUAACUUAUGUGCGAGAUUAACUAUCACUAACUUGUCAAAAAGGCCCUUGUUAUAAUUAAGAAAUUAUCAAGUCGUUUUAUGUGUAGAAGUAAUUUUGAUUUAAAUCGGUGUAACUAUAUAAUCAUUUAGUGCCAUAGGACUCAUUGAAUGCGUGUUGAAAAUUUUUAUGAAAUACAUUUCGGCUACUUAAUUUUAUUAACGGAAAUUUAUAAUUAUUCCCUUAAAUGAAAAAGUUUCUGACGAAGUUCAGUAUAUAUGUAUAAAAAACUUUUAGGGUUGUCAGUUUGUUCUUAAAAAAAUGUAUUUUUUUUAUUUUUUGUAUAUAUAAUAAAUGAUGUGGUUGUUGCAUAUGUCCGUAAUUUUCAUAUGUUAUAAGUACCUACAUAUAUUUAUCGUUGAUCUCAAUUCCAAACUGUUGGAGUGAACGUGUUCUAUCAUUAUACAGGACUUUUAAGCUCAAUAUAUACUUUGUGAUGUAUUUUUGUAAAUAAAAUCUUAAACACAAA